CCGGUGGAGGCCAUUCUUGGGAUGGAGACAUGGCAAGAGGCUGCGUUAGUGGCUGAAGUAGGAAAUCGAGCACAAGUACCCAUAUUUUCCUUCGCAACCACUUCUAUCGCCGCGUCAUUGACGAGCAAGCAAUGGCCUUUCUUGGUUAGGAUGAACAACAAUGAAACGAUACAGAUGAAAUGUGUGGCUGCCAUUGUUGGUGCUUACAAGUGGAGGAAUGUGAUUACAAUCUAUGAAGAUGAUACUUAUGGAAGCAAUUCUGGAGUAGUCAUGCUUCUCUCUGAUGCUCUUCGAGAUGUGGGCUCUCAGAUUGAGUACCGAAUGGUUUUUCCACCCAUAUCUUCACUUUCAGAUCCCCAAGAUGAAAUUUUACCAGAACUGGGAAAGCUAAACAGUAAGCAGUCUAGAGUCUUCAUUCUUGUUCAACCCUCACUGUCAUUUGCUGCCCAUCUGUUCAGAGAAGCCAGAAGAAUUGGACUGAUGGGUAGAGAUUCUGUUUGGAUAACUACAAAUACAAUUGCUAGUGUCCUUGAUUCCUUUAACUCCUCUGUCAUCUCCUCCAUGCAAGGUGUUUUAGGAAUUAAGACUUACUUCCCUGAAACUAGCUUGUCCUUCAAAGAUUUCAAUUCUAAAUUCAGGAAAAUUUUCCAUUCUAAGUAUCCAGAAGAAGAGCACUUCGAGCCUGGAAUCUACGCAGUCCGAGCACAUGAUGCCAUUUCUACUCUAACUCGUGCAAUGAAUAACAGUACUAAUACAUCUAAAAUAUUGUUAGACAAAAUAUUGUCAAGCAACUUCACUGGAUUAAGCGGAGAAAUUCAGUUCGAAGACGGAGAAUUAUCGAAUUCUCCAGUUUUCAGAAUUGUUAAUGUGGCAGGAAAGAGUUACAAGGAGCUGGAUUUCUGGACACCUGAGUGUGGUUUCUCAGAGAGUCCUGGUGACCAUCAAUGUAAUGGCACCAAUUAUAACAUGGAAGGAUUGAGCGGACCAGUGGAUUGGCCUGGAGGGCUACAGAGAGUACCACGAGGAUGGGUAUUGCCUAGUGAUUUAAAGACCAUGAAAAUUGGUGUUCCAGGCAUACCAGUGUUUGAGGAGUUCGUCAAAGUGGAAGAGAAUAAGAGUCCAAAUCUGCCACCAUUGGUUACAGGUUUCUGUGUCAAUGUUUUUGAAGAGGCUGUCAAGAUUUUGAGGCAAACCAAGUAUUCUAUAUCCUAUGAAUUUGUAGCAUUCAAUGGAUCAUACGACGAUCUCAUUUUGAAAGUCUAUAACAAGGAAUUUGAUGCUGUGAUUGGUGAUAUAACGAUUCUGGCAAGCCGUUCCGAUAAGGUAGAGUUCACUCAGCCCUACACAGAGUCAGGGCUGACAUUGAUAGUCCCUGUGAAGAAGGAAACUCGGGCUUGGAUGUUCAUGAAGCCCUUCACAACAACUAUGUGGCUAGUGACUGGUUUAGUCUUGGUCUACACCAUGUUGGUGGUCUGGUUCGUGGAACAUCAAUCAAAUCCAGACUUCAGAGGUCCAUGGAAAGAUCAACUAAGCACUGCCUUGUGGUUCACCUUCUCAACUCUCUUCUUUGCCCACAGGGAGAAACUUCAUAGCAACUUCACUAGAUUUGUAAUGGUAAUAUGGUUGUUUGUGGUGUUAGUCUUGACCUCUAGCUACACUGCAAGUCUCACCUCUAUGCUCACAGUCCAACGACUUGAACCUACUGUGUCCGACAUCGAAUAUUUGAAGAGGAGUAAUUCAAUUGUAGGGUGUGAUAGUGAUUCAUUCGUUAAGAAAUACUUGGAGGAUGUACUUGGAUUCAACCAGGAAAACAUCAAGACUAUUCCAAGUAAAGACAACUAUGCUGCUGAAUUUGAACAAGGCAACAUCGUGGCCGCUUUCCUGGAGCUCCCUGGUGAAAAGGUGUUCCUCUCCAAAUAUUGUAAUAGAUAUACCACUGCUACUGAAACAAUCCAUAGAUUUGGAGGAUGGGGCUUUGUCUUUCCAUUGGGUUCGGCUCUUGCUACAGACUUUUCCAAAGCCAUUCUAGAACUAUUGGAGAAUGGAAAUAUUACAAAAUUGGAAGAAGAUUGGUUGGGUGGAGAUGCUAAAUGCUCAAAAUUAGGAACUGAAGUUGACAAUGAGAGCUUGGGCCUUGAUAGCUUCUGGGGACUUUUUGUUCUUACUGCUAGCACAUCUACCAUUGCCUUUCUACUCUUUCUCAUCAACCUAUGGAGGAAAUAUCUACAGUUACAAAGGUUGAGCAGAGGCAACAUGUCCUCAAGUAAUGGAAGUCGGUGGCAUCGGGUGAGAACAUUGUUACACCAGAAAGGCCAGCAUCACCUUUCAGUGGGAACUCCAGCUUCUGCAAGAAUAGCAAACAUUGAGGAUUGGGUUUCUGUUCCUCCAGAUUGUGAGUAUCUGAGUGAAUACAACAAUCAGGGGUAUCAUCAAGCUUCACGAAUAGCUGAAAUUGAAAUGCGGAAUACAUCCACUGCUGAUUUAUAGUGUACAUAGCUUCCUAGAUAUGGAUGCGAUGGGAGUCCAAGGUGCUAACAACAAUAUGUGCCAAUAUAACGCAGAAUUUACAAGGUAAUAUUGCUGUGUAUAACCAAAAUACAAUCACAAUUCACUGGUGCCUUCAAUUGAGGGUUAAUGAAGUUCCACAGGGAUAAUUUUUCCUUAUGUUUAAUCUUUCACAGCCAGUAGAGGUAGAGCGCAGAGGGGAAAAAGGCUCUUAAUAGUGAAUAAAUACAACUAUGUUAGAUAUGACACUAACAUUUCUGUGUGUAUUUCCCCAUAGAGGAGCUGGAUUUGAUGAUGAGUCCCUGCUUGUGUCACAAAUGAGCCUCGUAAUUUUUCUAGCUGAUGCAUCAUUGGAUUGAUUGUAAGUUAGUAAGCCUGAUGGGAUCAAUUCAAGCAGGUAACCUGGAAUCAGGUCAUUAAAUAAGGAUUUUCACUUUUGCUUGUCUUUGUUUCCACAGGGAAUCCUAUACCUCUCACCUACUUUAAUCUCCACCACCAUUUGAUUCCUAAGAAUGAUAAGGACCAUAGGGCAUAGAUUAUAUGGCAAAUCCAUAAAUGAGGCAUUUGAAUAUAAAACUUCAGUCACAACUAUACAUGUGAUGCAUUCUAUCAUAGCAACUUAUUUCUGGUGCAACGCAGUGGACCAGCUUGCAAAGCUUGUGAAGCAGGCUGAGUCUGUUGGCUGGAGAAUUUGUCGAUCCUUGUAUCAUUGUAAGAUGGUCAUGUAUGGGUCACAAAAACGGCUGGAGGAGAUGGAAAAUGUGCUUGAUGAGAUGGGGAGGUUCAAUAUUGAUCCCUCAAAGAAGACAUUCGUCAUCAUUUAUAAGGCCUACUUAAGGUAUGGCCAAAGACAUAAGUUGGAUUGAUUGCUAGGGAUAAUGUGCAAACAUGGGAUUGGAAUUCCAUUGGAUGCCUCUUCUUCCUAGGUUACAUUUUCACAUUAGAAACAUGCUUUUCAAUAAUUCAAAAAUCCAUUCAUCAAAUUGUUGCAAAUAGUUCAUGACAUCUGAGAGGACAAUUUCAGCUCCUUGAAGAAUGUAAGCUGCUUCUUUUCAUUUUAUCUGGCAUACUUUGUCAGUAAUUGCU